AUGGCAAUGACAAACAAGAACUCAAAAUUUGAAGGGCCUCCCUCAGCUGCUGAACGGCCAAGGAGAGGUCCUGCUCAGAAGCUGCGGCUGGGCCUGGACGCAGACGACCACGCACAAGGAGACGGCAACCUGGACAUGAUCGUCCAGGAGGAGGAGCUCGCACAACCCGACCCCGACGACGACCACGGCGACGCCCACAAAAUAAGGUAUACUUCUGACAUUUCCCACUGGAGGGAUGUCAUUUGCCAAGCAAAGUCAGGGAUGGGGAAGGCUGCUUGUGGUAUUGUCCCACACGAGAGAGCUGGCUUACCAGGUUACUCUAUUCUAUGGAGAUAUUCACAUAAAGAAACACUAAGGAUUUAUUUGCCAUCCUCACUGUGGUGGGCACAACUUGAAGGAUUCUAGCUCUAGCUAGAGAGAAGGACCUUUCUUUGAUGAAUGUGGGCAUUCAUAUGAGUGUGAUAAGAUGCUAGAGUCACCUGGUAACUUUUUAUCCUCAUUUCUUCCAUGUGUAGAGUUUUCUAGUCAUAUAUAUAUGUAUAUGAUGGACAGAAGUGUAGGUUAUGCUAUGCUAU